AUGCUGGACACGGUCAACAUGACGCUGACGUAUCCGCAAGUCCUCCAAGACGCGGAGGGUCGGUCGACGACGCCCGACGACCGCGAGGGGCACACGGCGUCGGUCGUCGACCAGCAAAUCUACAUCUUUGGCGGCACGUGGGAGGACGAGAAGACGGGCGUGAACGCGUACUUGGACGACUUGCACGUCUUCGACGUGGCGAGCUACUCGUGGAUGAAGCCGGCCUAUACCGGCUCUCCGCCGGAAGGGCGGGAGGGCCACUCAGCAGCGGUGAUCGGCCGGCUCAUCUUCAUCUUUGGAGGGACACGUGGGACGUGGGUGCAAGAGGCGGAGCGGACGCCGCACAGAGAGCUCGAGGACGAGGGCGAGUCCGCGCACGGCCAGCUGCCGAGCCAGCGCGAGGGCCACUCUGCGUGCGUCGUCGGGUGCGCUACAGGGGGCGUGUGGUGGGGCCCUUUCACAGCUGGCGACUCGUUCCUGGAGCGGAGGUACCACACCGCCUCUGUGGUGGAGGGGCGGCUGCUCGUCUUCGGCGGGCAGUACUACGACUACGGCAAGGACCUGCACUUCGAGUGCUCGAACGCGGUGUGCGAGAUCGACCUCGAGCAGCUAGCGUGGCGCAUCCACCCCCCCUCCUCGCCCUCCCCGCUCAAGCGAGCCUGCCACGCUGCGGGCGUCGUCGGCAAGUGCGUCUACGUGGUUGGCGGCCGCUACUGGGACGAGCAGGAGGACGACUACAUCUUUCUGAACGACGUGCUCGACACGCGGCCCUCGUCCAGCCUCGCCUCGGACUGGCGCCGCUACUUCAACAGCGAGCUCCUCUCGGACGUCUGCUUGCUCGUCGGCGACAUGCGGAUCCCGGCGCACCGCGUGGUGCUCGCCGCGCGCUGCGACUUCUUCGCGCGCAUGUUUGCGUCCGGCAUGAGGGAGGCGACCGAGGAGGAGCUGCCGAUCGUCGACGUCUCACCGCCCGUCUUCCAGCUCCUGCUCGAGCACCUUUACACCGACUCCUCCGCCGUCCCCGAGGAGUCCGCCCUCGAGCUCUUCGCCGCCGCCGACCGCUUCGGCGUCGAGCGGCUGCGCGCCCUCUGCUCGGACCGGAUCGAGGGGAUGCUCUCUGCGGCGAACGUGUGCGACGUGCUGACGGUUGCCGACCAGCACAACGGCGCCGAGUUGGUCGAGGCGGCCGUGUCGCACAUCGUCGAGAACUUUGGCGAGAUACACUGCUCGCCCCCCUUCAGAGAGCUGUCGCGGCCGCUCCUCGACGUGGUGCACGCCGCCAUCGCGCCCAGGCUCGUCCUUGCCGCCCCGCCUGCCGGCCUGGCGGCCGAGGCGGGUGGGUCACGGCAGAGCGCGAGGCGACAUUCGACAUGACGUGACGCGGUCCCUCUGUGUGUGGUGAGCGCGUGCAGUACGCCAGUACGCGUGAGCUCUUGUGUUCAUGAGCUACUCCACGUCGAGAGUAGUAAAAACAGGUAAUGUCCCACUGUAUUUUAGCAUUUUGCUAUUU